UGCAGAGAUUGUAAAAUUGUAAAUAACACUGUCUUUAAAUCGAUUGCACGAUGGAAGACUUCAUCAGAUGUAUGUGCGUGAAUCAGAGGUGACAGACCAUCUACAUUCGAACGGGUUCGCCUUCCAAUAUUCGUUGUUUGUUUCUUGUAUCCGAUCCCACUCGAUGUCAACUAGAACUAGCUGAACUGAAUACCACAUAACCAAUUUUAGAAAUAUGAUGUCUUUUAAAGUUCGUUGGAAACUAGAAAGGAAAUUUUUGUACAUCUACAUUUUACUUAUUUGGAACCUUUCUUCAACAUAUGGCCAAGGCUAUUUUCCGAAAUUAGAGGAUCUUGCAGUGCUAAAACCGAUCACUUCUUCUUCAACUUGUGGAGCAACAUCCAGUAAAUAUUGCCAGUCGUUGGCUAAACAGACGUCUUUGACGACUUGCGUUGAAAAGAACUGUGAAUUUGCUUGUUGUACAAAUUGUGGUUCAGCCAAGCCUGUUCCCACAGAUUUAGCGCUUACUUCGAAUAAAGUUGGAGUCACUCAAGAUGGCGAUCCGAGGAAUGGAACUAUUGUCAGAUCAUUUCGAUUUCAAGGUAAUUCAUACCUACAACCUUUGAGGGUUCCAUUUAUAGACUUCCAGAACCCUGGGUUCACUAUCAGCGUUUGGAUUAAACAGAAGGCAGGAAACAAAGGCACAAUUAUUUCUAAAGAUGAGACUACUCCUCCAAAUUUUGCCAAUGUCUUUCAACUUGUUAUCAAGGACUAUAACUUGAUGUUUUACUAUCGACCUGCCACUGGGAAUGCAUCAGUUGCUACAUACAACCUUCUGCAAAGCCAAAGUGAAAAGCUUCAACCGAAUGAGUGGCAUUUAAUAACUGUAGCAGUUAUUGAUAAAGCACUGUCAUAUUACAUUGAUGGUGAACUUAUGAAUGCAAAUUUUGUGACUCUGAGUGAUUAUAUUGGUGACUCUGGGGGUGGUAUUCGAAUUGGACAGAAGUAUGGAGGUGAUACUGAGUGGCAGUACGAAGGCCUGAUGCAGGAUAUCUUCAUGUAUAAUAGAGCUUUGACCAACAGGGAAGCAGAAGAAGCUUUCACAGGUAUUCUUCCAACUGUUUAUGUUGCCAGUAAUUGUCGAUGUCCUCCAACUCAUCCAAAAAUAAAUGUUGCUGAACCAGCCAAGUGUCUGAAAAACUUAGAUGGAGACACCGAAACCUUGUCUCGACUCAAAGACACAGCUCAUCCAAUUGAGUUUGCCACUGAUGGUGACACACUCAGUUUCUGGCUGUCAGAGAUCACAGAAAAUGCAACCAUUCGCGUAAAUUUGGCAUAUACUGGAUUACAGGUGUUCUACAUCGUCUUGACUUUCUAUGGGCCUGUGCCGGGAGCAAUAAAGAUUGAGCGAUCAGUGGACAGUGGACACACCUAUGAGCCAUGGCAGUAUUUUGCUGAAGAUUGUGUAACCUCAUUUAAUUUACAAAACAAUGGUCCAUUGACUCAACCUGACUCUGUGAACUGUGUCCAAUACAUAAAACCCUUGCAGUCCAGCCGAGAAGUGUUGACCUUUCAGACAGAAUAUCCACCGCCUCCUGGCUCCAACAUUCCAGUGCGGCCAUUUGGUUCCGGGUGCAGUAAUCUUUACUGCUCAGACAGACUGUUGCAGUUCUUAAAAGCUACUCAUGUCAAGUUUAAUUUUUACAAUCACACUUUGGUACAGAAUCCUCUGCACCGAUACUAUGGCUUGGAAAGAAUUCUUGUUACUGGCAGGUGUGAGUGUUUCGGUCAUGCAUCAUCCUUCAGCUACAUUGAAGGGAAUGAUACUCAUAUUGGACGAUGUAUUUGUGACUGUCAUCCAUCAACUAACACAGAGGGAGAAACUUGCAAUCGUUGCAAGCCAUUAUACAAUGACAAACCAUUUAGAAGAGGUGAACAUGAUGACUCAUACCCCUGUGUCAAGUGCGAGUGCAAUGAUCAUGCCAACAGUUGUCUUUACAAUCAAACUCUGGACACCAGCCCUGACUCGCGUACCCAGGGGGCAGGGGGUGUGUGUAUAGACUGUCAACACAACACUACUGGCCGUUUUUGUGGUGUGUGCAGGGAGAGAUUCUACAGGGAGUCUGGGAAGAGUCUAAAGUCGCCAGACGUGUGUUCACCCUGUGGGUGUGAGGGGCCUGGGGUAGAGCCUGGAGAGUUGGAUUGUGUAAAGGAUGAUUCUAAUUCAAGUGUAGUUGCUGGUCAGUGUGUAUGUAAAGACAACACCCAAGGCCGUCAGUGUGAUGAGUGUAAAGAUGGAUUCUAUGAUCUCAAAGCCAGCCAUGCAACUGGAUGCAUCUCAUGUGACUGUGUUCUCGAUGGCACCAUAAGCCGGAAUAUUUCAUGUCACCGAACAUCAGGACAGUGUUACUGCAAAGAUAGGGUGACAGGGAGAACAUGUAACACAUGUAAGGCAGGGUUCUGGGGUCUGUCCGGGCAUGAACCUUUAGGCUGUAAGAUGUGUGACUGUGAUCCAUUUGGAACAACAGCUGGGAAUGAAAACACUUGUAACUCAGUUACAGGGCAGUGCUCUUGCAAAGCUGGAGUGAUUGGGCGCAAAUGUGAUCAGUGUAAAGAUGGUUUCCACAGCCUUACACCAAAUGGUUGUUCAUCAUGCAACUGCUCUAUUGCUGGUACGCCAUCAUCGCUUUUGGAUCAGUGUGACAAAACUACUGGUGAAUGUACCUGUAAGCUCAAUGUGGAAGGCAAAAACUGUGACCAGUGCAAACAGGGAUUCUACAAUCUGUCACAGAGCAAUCCACAGGGGUGUACACAGUGUGUUUGUGACACUAAAGGAACUGUGGGAGGGUCAGGUCAAUGUGAACAGCAAUCUGGAAACUGUACUUGUAAGCCAUUGGUGAUUGGUCAGACAUGCAACCAAUGUAAGCUGGGAACGUUUGGUCUUAAUCAAUCAGAUCCUAACGGAUGUCAACCAUGUAAUUGUUAUCCCAAGGGAACCAUCGAUGGUGACAAAAAGAAUCCAGAUGAACUCCAAUGUUCGAGCAAUAAUGGACAGUGCUUCUGUUUGUCCAGUGUGUCUGGGCUGCGCUGUGACUCCUGUGCAGCGGAAUACUUCUGGAAUCCAGCAGGACAGGGCUGUGUCCAGUGUCAGUGUAACCCAACCGGGUCUGUUGGGAAAAACUGCAAUGAUACUGGCCAGUGUACCUGUAAGGCAAACAUUGGUGGACUGCGGUGUGAUAGAUGUGUAGAUGGUUUUUACGGCUUUACAACAACGGGGAACUGUAUUCCUUGUAACUGUAAUGUGGCUGGCAGUCUUACCAAUCAAUGUGAUGAAACUGGACAGUGUACAUGCAAAGUUAAUGUCGAAGGGAAACAGUGUGACAAGUGUAAAAACGGAACCAUAAAUCUUCAACAGAACAACAAGUAUGGCUGCAGCGGAGCCCCAUCUGAGCAGCCUGCACCGUUUGUAACAGUUCUCUCGUCCCGUGCAAUAAUGUUAACAUGGUCUCCACCAGACAAUCCUAACGGCAUCAUCCUGCGCUAUGAGCUGUACAGAAAUGAUACCCUGGCUUACACUGGACUGAACCAAACAUUCAAUGACACUGGUCUCACUCCUGACACUGUCUACUAUUAUUACAUCAUUACCUUCACCGAAUCCGGUCAGACAAGAAGUUUAGACGACGGAAACGUGUACCGCACUUUCCAAGACGCGCCAGGAGGCAUGUCCGCGCCUGUUAUCACAAAUAUUCUGCCCAGGAAUGCAACUGCUUCAUGGCAGCGUCCCAGUAUGCCAAAUGGUCGUAUCACCGAAUAUCGUCUGGUAUCUACCAAUAGCCGAAGUUCAGUUGAAGUUGUAAACUGUCGAGGUGUUAUUUUCAUGUGUAAGUUGGGGAAUCUUAAACCCUACACUGUCUACAAUUUCUCAGUGGUGGCUUGUACCAAUGGUGGAUGCGCUCGUAGUAACGUUACAACCAUCCUGACGCUGCCAACACUUCCAGAUUUCCAGCCCGCACCAAAUGUGACGUCACUUCCGGGAGGCACUGCAGUGAGGGUGGCAUGGGACGAGCCGUCCCAGCCGAACGGAAGAAUACUUCGUUAUGAGCUUUACAUGCGCGCAGACGGAGACACAAGCGACGGAGUCUUGAAGUUCAACAGCAAUCCUGCGCAUGACCCAACUACCAUCAAUUUUAGAGAGACGAACGUGACAGGACUUGUUCCAUUCAAGGUUUAUGAGUUCAGGGUGCGAACAUUCACUGCGCAAGUCAAGGGAGACCGAGAUAGUAAUUGGACAAAGCAUAGGACUGGCGAAGGAACUCCACUCGGCGAAAAUGUCAUGAACACUGGUGCUAAUGCCUUUAACAGUAGUGCUGUAAUAGUUUCCUGGAGUCCUCCUCAGACCCCCCAAGGUGUCAUCACUCGCUACGUCAUUUACAAGUACCAGCCUCCCUCUAACUCAACGGCCGUGAUGGCUGUGGAGGUGCCUGGAUCUGAGCGACAGGGCAUGGUCGUCGGGCUGCAGCCGUACACUCAGUAUAAAUUUACAGUAACAGCUUGUAACAGUUUUGCAUGCUCGGGGCAUAGUCCGCAAGCUCUUGCGCGGACAUUAGCAGCAGCUCCCGAAGAACAGGGACCUCCCUCGGUCCUCUCAGUUGAUUCAUCAACCGUGUACCUCAGAUGGCCUCAACCCCAGAUUCCUAACGGUCCUCUACCGCCAAGUUACAACCUGAGCCGAGCUUACUCAGCCUUGUACUUCCCACCCCCUGUGGUGUCAGAAGGCGUGCAUUUUCCGGGUCUUGGAUUCUACAAGUUUCCUUCGGACUUCGUUCAAGCCGGUGCGAAAAAUGACAUCCAGUUCUGGUUUCGCACCAAGUAUUCGUCUGGUUUGCUUCUCUUUCUGGCCUCUGAUGGCUCACAAACUGACAUGUUAGCAAUUCAACUAAAGGAUGGAAAGCCAUGGUUGAUAUUUGAUAGUCAGGAUGGCCCUGCAGCCUUCACAAUUAACCAGCCAGUCCGCUUCGACGAUGGUGAGUGGCAUCUAUUGAAGGUGUCACGUGUCAGCCGCCGGGGGACACUUACGGUGGAUGGUUACCAAGCCAGUCAGGAUAGUCCGGGCGCCGCCACCGUGAUAUCGGCAAACACUGGGGUUUACAUUGGGGGUCUCCCUUCCUCCUUUACAAUUCUUCGAGCUGACACAGGAAACUCCAAAAUUGAAAAGAUCAGUUUUAUCGGCUGUAUACGUGGUGUCACUUCAGAACAGGCUGCUUCUGUUUCAAAGCAGCUUGAUUGGACUUCUGCCUUAGAAGCGGUCAGUGUCGAGCCUCAGAGAAAUGGAUGUCCAGAGAGAGACAACAAAAGAGCCUUGUUCCUCAGAGGCGGUGGCUAUGUCGCUGUGGACUCAAAUAUAGCGGACAUUUUUACAAAUAACAUAUUUAGCUUUACUUUGAAGUUCCGCACUCAGCUUUCAUCAGGGUUGCUUCUAUUUGCGCACGGAUCAACAACCAUUUUUUCUAUUCAAUUUUCUGACAAUCGAGUUGAAACAAAAUACGUUACGACUAGUGUGCGAGACAAUGUGACAGUUCAGCUGCCUUCCGGUGAAAUUUGUGAUGGACAAUGGCACAACAUGACUUGUACUAAUUUCAACAACAAGUUAACUGUCGUCCUCGAUGGUAAAACUGAAGUUGGAACUGGAAUAACUAAUCUAAAGAUUCAAUCCAGCAUAUUCAUCGGAGGGGUACCGUGGGGUUCUUCGACCGAGACAAUCGCCCGACAGGCUGGAGUGACUGUAGAGUCUUUUGGUGGUUGUAUAAUUUUUCAAUCUGCGGCGAAAGAGAUCGAUUACGUAAAGGCAGUAACGGACAUGCAUAAUGCGGACCUUGAUGGCUGCCGCCCAGCGUCCACAGUAGCGACCAGCGGUCAAAUAGGAACAUGUUUGCCCUUUAAUAGUUCUGUGGUGUAUUCUGGGAAGACAGAGAUAUUUAAUGACUCAACCGCGAACGUUUUCACCGAUUACCUGUACCGUGUGGAAAGUUACCAUGAUGGAACUUCAGGUUCCGCUAAAAGCGCAUGGAUGUCGACACGUAGUGGUCAGGGAGCCCCAAGUGGUCUCCAGGCUCCUAUUCAAUUAGUGCCUCUACCCGGCGGCGAGACAGUGAUAGUAACCUGGUCACUACCGGAGCGGCCCAAUGGAGUGAUAACAGAGUAUAGGGUACUAUCCUACCGUGUGAACCCCCCUGGGACGCCGGCAGUUGAGACAGUCAUCACAGAUACUAGUGUACUUAACGCUACUAUCUCUGGUCUUCAACCUUAUACCACUUAUGACAUCAGAAUUCAGGCCUCUACAGUCGGGGGAAGUUCAGUGGGGCCUGCUAAAAACGUCACGACUGAAGAAUCAGUUCCAGAGAAUGUCCCAGGCCCUACCGCUGUCCGACGUCCCAAAGAGCUUGUAGUGCAUUGGACCGAGCCCGGACGUCCAAAUGGAGUCAUUACCCAAUAUAAUCUGACCCUGGAUGGACAAUUGGUGUUCAGCGGAACAGACAACAACUUCACAAUACGGAACUUACAGGUCUAUACAGAAUACCUCCUACAGCUAACAGCCUGCACAAGAAUCGGCUGCGCUCAAGGACCGGAAGUCCGUUUAAGAACCGGGGAACUACCGCCCGAGGGAAUCUAUACACCAGUGGUUUUUGUGCGUGGUACAACGGAGGUUGAAGUAAACUGGCGGUCUCCUAAUAUCACAAAUGGGGUAAUUGUACGUUAUGAAAUACUAUUUGCAACCAGUGACAUUUUAGACGCAUACGUUUCGAAAUUUAACGCCACCCCCGAUGUGUUCAGCACAGUUAUUACAAAUCUUACGGCAGGGACAUUGUAUUACGUUCGAGUGCGCCCCUUCAAUGGAGGUGGCGGGACAUUUAGUGGUGCGGCUCAGGUAACGACACACGAAGAUGUCCCUGAUGGUAUCCCAGCACCACUUGUAAUUGCUCUCAGUCCAUAUGCUCUAUUUGCGAUUAUGUUGCCACCGGAAAAACCGAACGGUGUCAUCUUAAACUAUGAACUGUACCAAGAUGGGGUUUCAGAGCCUGUGUUGAAUGAAUCACAGCUUACGAAUUACACAGCGGAUCGAUUAAAACCAUACAGCCUUCAUACUUUCCGCGUUCGAGCUUGCACUGCACAAGGGUGCGCUUAUGGAAAAAAAGCUGAGGCUUAUACGAAAGAAAUUGCACCGAGUGGAACUGUUACUCUUACUGCUCGAGUGCGCAAUGCUACAGCGGUUGACGCUAACUGGACACGUGUGGCUUUACCGAACGGAAAGUUGUUUUAUAACUUAAUGGUGUAUGGAAAAUUUGUCAUCUUCGACUCGGGUGACUUGAGAACUGAGGAUCGUAUUGAAACUGCUAUUUCUGUUGAGGAAGCUGAAAAACUGUUCACAUACAAUGGCCUUCUACCAUUCAGUGAUUACAGGCUCUGGGUGAAUGCGUCGAAUUCUGUUGGGUUUAUUCUCAGUAACAACGUCACCGUGUCCACCCCUGAAGGAGUUCCCGGCGGUCUGAAAGCCCCCAAUGUCACUGUGUUGAAUUCGACUGCCGUCCAUGUCACGUGGGAACAACCUGCAUUGCCUAAUGGGAUUGUUCUUGGCUAUGGACUUCAUCAGAAAACUGACGGCUCUGAAACACUUCGGUUCAGUGGAAUGGGUUUUAAUUUUACUGUCACUGGCUUGGACCCGUUUACGGACUACCAAUUCCGUGUAAAUGCCAGCACUGUAGCGGGGUCUGGGUUUAGUGAGUGGACUCUGGUCAAGACCUCUGAGGAUGUCCCAAGUUCCCCGGAUGCACCAGAUUUUAGAAAUGUGACUUCCGCAUCUGUGACACUGGUCUGGGACGAGCCAGCUGAACCCAAUGGAGUGCUCCUUUAUUACGUCAUUUAUCAGAAUGGCACUGAGAUCAAGAGAGUCACGGGAAAUGUCACCAAAUAUGUAGCUGUUGGUCUCCAGCCCUUCACUGUCUACGUGUUCAAGCUGAGUGUGUGUACAGCGGUAGGCUGCAGUAACAGCUCGGACUCAGUCCCCAUGAGAACUCUGGAGUCAGGUCCACAAGGUUUGUCAGCUCCAAGGCUGUCAUCUCUAUCAGGGAGAACUGUGGUUAUUGAAUGGAACCCACCCUCCGUGCCUAAUGGCGUCAUUCUCAAAUAUGUGAUUCAGCGGCGAGUCGUGGGUGGUGGAAAUCCAAGCGAUGUCGCUGAAGUGAAUGCCUCUCUUCCACUGCGUUACGAGGAUAAUACAGCACAGCCAGUGACCAAUUAUCAGUACCGCGUGAUAGCGUAUAACAGUGGUCCGGGAGAACCCAGUCCAUAUGGUAACAUUACUACAGGCGAGGGAGACCCUGAAGGCAUUGCAACACCUACUGUUGUAGCACUCAGUCCAUACGCCAUUCACGUGACUUGGAAAAAACCCAGCGUUCCCAAUGGCGUAGUGACGCAAUACGUCAUCAGAGUCGUGGACCAACAGCAGUCACGCAACACCACAGUGAAUGCUAAUGAACCGUUUGCGCUAAACGUGACCUCACUCGAUCCUUACAUCAUGUACAACGUCUUCGUUAGCGCAUGCACAGUUGCUGCAUGUGGUAGCAGCCCGCCGUCCCAAGUGCGCACGCUUCCUGCCAAACCUGAAAUGCAGCCAGCGCCAACUGCAAAGACAGAUUCACAGACCUCUUUGAACGUGACAUGGGAACCUCCCCUCAGGCCAAACGGGGUGAUUCAGUCUUAUGUGCUGUACAGGAGAACUGUUGAAGACCUUGUGGAAAAUAACAUUUCAGCACCAACAGAUUAUGUACAGGUGUAUAGGGGGCCGGCUUUGAUCCGAGAGUAUCGUGAUACUGGACUUGGGAUCUUCUCUUUGCAACAGUACAAGGUCACUGUGAAUACUAGUCAAGGCAGCACUACAAGCAACUCCUCCCUACCCUACAGAACCGGCCCUGCCCCUCCCCUAGCGGGGGUAUUCGUCAAUGGAACUGCCCUUAAUCACACCUCAGUUCUGGUCACGUGGUACCCACCUGUUAUUAAGCAGUUACGUGGCUCUGCUGUGUCGUAUACUUUAGACGUUGAAGAAAGAUCUGUCGUGAGUCGCGUGGGCACUUACCCCGGAACACAGACUCGUGUUACAGUUAAUAAUCUGAAGGCCAACACUGUGUACACAUUUUAUGUUGAACUAAACAAUGGAGCAGGAACCUUCAAGAGUGCUGGCUUUGGAAUCAGAACCUUGGAUGGAAUGCCUGAAGAUUUCGAUCCGCCUGCACUAUACGUGGUCAGCAGCACUGCAAUUCGCGUGAGUUGGAAUGAGACAGGAAACCCGAAUGGAGUUGUAAUAUUGUACAAAAUAUAUGUAAACAACACGUUAUGGGCUAACACUACUGGCGAUCAACUACAAGUAAUCGUGUCUGGACUGCAGCCGUUUACCUUCUAUAGCAUCAAGGUGGCAGUGUGCACUACACACGGUUGUACUCUCAGUGAUGCAAGACAGGCGCGGACAAAUGCUGCAGCACCGACAGGUUUUGCUGCUCCGCGACUCACUGCAGGAUCAACUUUUAUUGUUGUCCAAUGGGAGCCACCAUCUCGUCCAAACGGAAUCAUGUCUGGUUAUCAGAUUUUUAGAAGAAUGGUGUACUCAUGUCCAACGAGUCCCCCGCCAAACUCUAAAUGCACUUUCAUUGAGUGUCUCUUGUCAGAGCAGUUAUGUGGAGUCACGUGUUACAAUCCAGCCAAUCAGGUGUGUUGCAGUGGUGUUCUUCACCCACGUGACCCAUCCAAGACUUGUUGUGGCGCGAAUUAUCUGCGUAAGAACCAGGCCUCUGAUGUUUGUUGCGGUAACACUUUCCAUAUUCAACAAGCCGACUAUCAAUGUUGCUAUGGCAACUACAUCAGUGUUGCUUCGGGACGAGUCUGCUGUCCUAAAUCUCAGGGAGGUAGUGUGGUGGGUCUUGGUAAUGCCUGUUGUGGAGACACCCCGUAUAACAAGAAUGACCUCACUAAGGUUUGCGUGUGUGGAGCGCUGUACGACCCCAUUCCCCCACGAAAGUGUUGUGGCGGCAAAGUUGUGGCGUCUGCUCAGGUUUGCUGCGGCGAUGAAAAGAACGGAGCCGCCUACGAUCUGGAAGCUAGCAAGACUUGCUGUGGAGCUCAAUACAUUUCUGAAGACACGAGCCUUUGUUGUCAAGGAUCAGCGGGAGAUGUCGUGGUUUAUAACUACACCAGCGCACGCGAUAAAUCUACAUCCAAUCACAAAUGCUGUGGUAAAAAACGAAUUUCUAGUUUUCUCACAUGUUGCAACGAACGUGGCUAUAACUCUACUUACCAGACUUGCGCAGACAUUUCCAGCAACGGAACGUUAGGCUGUGGAAUGGGAACCAUUUGUAAUAAGACUGAUGCACUCGCAGCAAUGUGUGAUCGAUGUGAUUUUGAUAAUUCAACGAUGAACUGCGGAUUUGUAGCUGGCCACUACGCUCCAACUCCUUCGACUGUUGUACCAAGAAUCUGUGCCACGGAUUACGAAGAAAUACUUAAAAAUCAGUACAAUGCUGAUAUCCGUGAAUAUAACGACACUGGGCUCUCUCCUCAUACAGAAUAUGAAUACUACCUUGUCGCAAUCAAUAAUGGAUUUAAUGUGUCAAGUCCAGAAGCCAAGAACCGAACGCUGAUGGGUCGCCCUGAAGGUCUUUUACCGCCAGUUGCAGUUCCAAUUUCCUCGACUGAAAUCCGCGUUACUUGGAGUAAGCCAGCAAAACCCAACGGAGAAAUCCAAGAGUAUAGGCUGACCCGGGUCAGCGGUCAAAUUAAGCUGCGUCAAGUGGUAUAUACCGGUCUUAAUUUAACUUAUACAGACCGUGGAUUGGAGCCGUUUACUGGAUAUGGUUACGUUAUCGAGGCAUGCACGACGCACUGCUCAUCAGCGGAAAUGACGUCACUGAUCUACACCGACCAAGCUGCCCCGGCGGAAGUGAACGCAGCCAUUUUACUUCCGUUAAACUUCAGCGCUAUAAAUGUUUCUUGGAUUGAACCUUCCAAACCUAACGGACAGAUUAUUCGUUACAAUGUGAGCCGUGUAGUAAACAGCACGUACAAGAUCCAUUUGAACCCGAAUGACAAAGGUUUGUCCGUAAGGAGCCUGGUAAUUGGGGGUCUUAAACCCUAUACUAACUAUACCUUUGAAGUGAUAGCUUGUACGCGCGUGGGUUGCACACCAGGUCCGCUGGCCUCCACGCUAACACUGCAGGCGCCGCCUGAAGGUGUCCACCCACCCAAUCUCACAGUCAUCGGGGCCAGGGAAAUCGAAGCCACAUGGAUUGGACCAGACGUUCUAAAUGGUGUGAUUGUUUCAUACUCACUCUACCGCGGAGAUCUUGUUGUGUACAACGGGACGAAUGCAUGUUACAAAAAUCAACACGGUAAAGACAUUUGUAUCUUCCAAGACCGAGGCAACGGUCUCCAACCAGUGACGACUUACAAUUACUCAGUCGCUGCUUCGACUGGCGGGGGUACCACUAGGAGUGCUGUGUCUACUGCCACUACCCCAGAGAGUUCUCCAGAGGCCAUUCCCAAGCCUCGUUUGACUGUGAAAAGCGCUUAUAGUAUUUUAGCGGAAUGGAAUGCUCCAGGUCAGCCAAACGGUAACAUUACAAGUUAUUCUGCAGUCGUUAAUGGCACAGAGUAUGUUGUCGCUCUCAACAUGAGCAAGUUGAUUACAGGAUUGAAUCCUUUUACUAUAUAUUCUGUUCGCGUGAAGGCCUGUACCGCUAAAGGCUGCGGACUCGGGGAAAGAGAGCAUGCAAGAACUGGCGAGGCUCCUCCCAUCGGACAGGGGGCACCUACCCUGGUAGCACGAGAAUGGAAUGUUGUACAAGUCUCUUGGUCGCCGCCUUCCUUUCCAAAUGGAAUCGUCGUCCAAUAUGUAGUUUACCGUAAGACAGGUAACAGUGCCCCGCUUCCAGUUUGUUUCACGCUCCAGCGGUCAUGUCUGAAUAGUGGUUUGUUAGGUUACACGGAUUAUUCCUAUAGAAUAAGAGUUGUAAACAGCGCAGGCUUUGGAGAAGGCCCUUGGACCGACGUGCGCACUCCUCAGGGGCCUCCUCAAGGCAUACGACCACCUUCUCUUACAGUACUCAACUCCACUGCAGUGUAUCUUUCAUGGACUGUACCCUCUCAGCCCAACGGUAUAGUCACACACUAUGAAGUGCGCUAUCACAAAGGACUACAAACUCCCGACAACAGUAACGUUACAGUAGCAGCUCGGUUGCCUAGCAACGUACUGAACGCCACGGUGAGCGGGCUAGACCCUUAUACGGACUAUCAGUUCCUGAUCGCUGCCAUCAACAGCCGGCGUGAGGGGGUGAGCGCCUGGGCGACAGCAAAAACCAAACAAGCACCACCAGCAGACCUUCCUCUCCUUCGUGCUGACAAGACGAAAGAUGGAAAGAGCAUGCGCAUGUUGUGGGAUGAGCCCGGGUCUCCUAACGGGGUCAUUACUCACUACAAACUGUACAAAGACAGUGUCUUGAUUUAUCUCGGCAGCAUCCGAGAAUACACGGUCUCAAGACUUGUUCCUUACACUGCGUACGAAUUUCAGCUAGAGGCCUGUAAUGUUGCAGGGUGCACGCGGGGUCCCACGCAAAUCAUUUUCUCUGCAGAGGUGAACCCACAAGGCCUGUCCCGACCUACAACAGGGUUUAUCAAUGCCACAGCUGUGGAGCUGAACUGGAGAUCGCCAGCAAUUCCAAACGGAAUCAUCAUCCGUUAUGAGAUUUACAUGACGGUCACGCCGCUUCAGAAGCGACGAAGGCGCGCUGUAACACCUCCCUCCGGUCAACUGGUGUAUUCCACCAAUGAUACAAACAAGACAGAUUUCAAGCACACAGAGACGGGAUUGAAGCCUUACACAAAGUACGGGUUUAGUGUACGCGCGGUCAACGGUGGAGGUUUUACGGAAAGCGACCCACUGAUCGUAACCACAUCUCAAGCUGCUCCUUCGUCCGUCGAUGCACCACUGGUCUUGUUGAUGACCGCGUAUUCCUUGAAUGUGACGUGGAAAAAACCACUAGAACCCAACGGCGUUGUUCAGUUUUAUUUUGUGUUCAGGAACAAUUCUAUUAAAUAUAAAGGAAACGAACUGAGUUUUGUAGAUCAAGGUCUAGAGCCAUACACCGUAUACAGUUACACCGUGGAGGUGUGUACUAGCUGCAAUGUUGACUGCUGUACGCAGAGCUCUCCAUCAAGCCGCCGAACAACUCAGGCUGCACCGUCGGGUGUGUAUCCCCCGGCCUUAGAAGCGGAAAGUGCUUUGGCUAUAAAGAUAUCUUGGGUGACGCCUGACAAGCCCAAUGGAAUCAUUACCCAGUACCAAGUGUAUGAAUUUGGUGACAGUUCUCCGAUUUAUACCGGACAGGACAUGACGCUCACUGUAAGCGGGAAGGCACCUUUCUCUAAAUAUUCCUUUUACAUUAGUGCUUGUACGAGCGAGGGUUGUACACAGAGUGCACCAGCUGAAGUGCGCACCAAAGAAGCUCCUCCGAGAGAUCUCCUCGCCCCUGUUGCCACAGUCGGUGGUUCUUCGUUUGUGCGAGUAGAAUGGAAUGCACCGCUAAAACCAUAUGGUGUAAUACUCCACUAUCUCCUCACACGUAAUGGCUCCCAAGUAUACAACGGUACUGAUCUGAAAUUUAACGACCUUACUGUGGCCCCACACACCGUGUAUAUGUAUGUUGUGACGGCAGUGAAUUCCGCAGGCCGCGUGUCAAGUCCUCCUGGAUUCAGCGCUGCUACUAAUCCUGGUGCUCCAGACAAUGUGAGCAUCCCGACUUUAUAUGUUCUCAGUGCAACAUCCAUUAAAGUCCUGUGGACAGCCCCGGGGGUUCCAAACGGUGUCAUCUUCAAAUAUGAAGUAUUGUACAACUUCAUGGGAGCGCAAGGCGUUGCACAGGUGAAUGACGCUGGUAUUGCCAAGGAGAUUACCCUAAAAGACCUGUUGCCAUAUACGUUGUAUGAAGUCAGAAUCCGCGCUUGUACACUUAAAGGCUGCAGCAUAGGAGAGGCGAACUAUGCCCGUACAUUUGAGGCUCCGCCAGAGGGUCAGAAUCCCCCAGAUUUCCCAACAUCUAAUAUUGGUGCUAGGAGAGUACUUGUCACCUGGAAUGAGCCUUUAAAACCCAACGGAUUUAUGCUGUCGUACAGACUUUACAGGCGUGGAGUAUCGUUGUAUGGUAACCAGGCGACAGUGUAUGGUCCGGCAGAGUCUGUAGUAAACGUAACUAAUGGAUCUGCUCUAGCUUACAGUGAUACAAACGUGAAGCCGUACUUCAAGUAUAAUUACCGAGUUAUCUCUGCAAACAGCGCUGGUGAAACGGUUAGUCAGUGGUCGUUGGUUCAAACCUUGAGUGCAGCACCAGAGCAGCUUAAAGCGCCUCAUGUGAACAAGACUUACCCUUACAGUUUGGAAGUGUUCAUCUUCCCACCUGGUGAACCUAAUGGAGAGAUAAGAAAUUACAUCCUCGAAGUUUCUGGACGAAAUGUAUCUCAAGAUCUAACCACUACUCGUGAGGUGGCGGGCCUUGAGCCAUUUACGGACUAUGUUCUACGUGUGUACGUCUGCACGGAUGGAGGGUGCGCCGCGGGACCCACUGCAACCUGGAAGACCUCUGUUGGAGUGCCGUCAGAGUUUGCCGCCCCACGCCCGGUUGAAAUAACCAAUAACUUCGUCACACUUAUAUGGGACGAGCCAGGAAAACCCAAUGGAGUCAUCCAAAGAUAUGAGGUUCUGUUUCAUGAAACUUGCGCUGUCGGUUGUCCUACUGCAAUGCCCGAGAGUGGACUGAACACGAGUUUGUCUCGGCGUUAUACCGUUAGAAGCCUGUCACCCUAUACUAUGUAUAACUUCAGAAUACGAGUUCAUAACUCACGGCAUUCGAGUUUAUCGGAUGAACAAAGAGUGCGAACACUAGCUGCAGGUCCACAGACGACAGAACUGAGGCCUCGAGUAAAUGUGUCCGGGCUCCGAGUGGCCGUGGACUGGAGCGAUUGCUUUAUUUUGAACGGACCGCUGGACUCCUAUGAGCUGUUAGAAAAUGGAUUGCUUGUCUAUGAAGGACAGCAAAACAAAAUGGACUUGGGAAAUAGGAAUAAAGGAGAGUACACCUACAAAGUACAUGCCACAACUUUAGUGCAAGGAAGCAAAAUGACUGUAGAAUCACCUCCCAGUGUUCCUGUUCAGGUGCAAUCUGAAGUUAUUGCAGCAACAUCAGCACCCCGCACUGCUUCGGAUGAGUGGCAAAAGAGUGUUUGGUUUAUUGCUGUCAUGGCAUUGGUCGCCAUCAUUAUCCUGUUUGCGUUGAUAUUCUGUUGUAUGCGGAAAUCCACCGGGAGUAGAACAGUUUUUGUACGGAACAGGGAACCUUUACCUCCACGCACCAAACUGCGUUCCAGGCCUCCAUCCAUGUCCAGUCUUUACACGUCCAGCGACAGAAAGAGUGGAAGCAUGACUGAGAUGCAUUUAAUGAACCCGUACCACAGUAGUACCACAGCUUUGUUUGACAGCACAGAGAGGCUAAACAAGACUCCCGAACAAUUUGACUUUUACAAUGGCAGCAUGCACAAAGUUCCCCCAGAUAUGAGUCAAGACUGGGACCAUUAUGUCAAGAGUUAUAGCAACAGGGAUUCUGGACUGUACGAUGACGAAAAACUGGACUUCUCGGACAGUGAACCAAGCACACCAUAUCAAAGCUUUAAGAGGGAGCAGUACUUUACGGAUACACACUUAUAAGAACAAAUAGUCUUUCAAAGUUGCCAAGAUUUGACUUUUAUAUCAGAUUAAUAUUAUUAAUGAAUAAUUCUUGUAGUCUAGGUAGUGUAUUUUCAAAUCUUGAUUCCGAUUACGAGUGUGAAACGACUGAAUGUAUUCCUGAGAAAUUUUUGAGCAGGGUCUGGAAAUUCUUUUUUUCAAGAAAAUAUUUUUUCGAUCAGUAAGGUACAUAGCUUUCAUAAAUCGUGUGGAACUGAGUUCCCAUUCCCUUAGUAAUAUCGAUGCCACUUUCGUUGCUCUCAUUGAUCUUCUUUGUGAUAUACUUUUUGUCUGGAAAGAGCGUCGGAAAACUGUUGACAAACGUCGCCUAAUACAUAUUUAAUCGUUUCAGAAAAUAACCUGUGAUUGUAUUUAAAGUUUUGAUGAGUGUGGAAUAUUGGCAGGGACUUGUUAGCUCGUAGUCACUCAAUCCUUCUACAAGUGUGUGAUGAUCUCAAAGUAUUCGAGCUUUAGAAAAAUAUUUCAGGAUAUAGCACUUAGUAAAAUUUCAGAAAUAGAUAUUUUGUCCUGAGGACACUUUUUGUAUCUAAUUAGACGCCACCAUUACGUAUUUCAUUGUUUACGUUAAACUUCUGCAACCAUUUUCUUUGUUUUUUUUUAAACAAGACCCGUUCGUGGAAAUUACAACGCAUAUAUGCCGUUCUUUUACCCUAGUUUCUUUGAGAAUAUAAUUAUAUUGGCUUCGUUCAAAAUUUUGCGCUUGUAUAUGUGUAAACUACAGUUGAACUGUAUUUAAGCUUGAAAGCUGAGCUGAAAUUAAAAUAUGUU